AUGGCUCAAGAACCAAAAGACCUCCUAAGUACACUGACAGCUUAUGAGCGUGCUCGUGAAAGAGAGGAAGCAUCCCGGGCACGACGCAGAGCUGAUCUUGCUCAACGUCACGAGCAAGCUCAAACUAGUCUUUAUUUGAUUGAAGCAGAAGCCCUUCAAGAAGGCUACGAGAUGCCAGCUUCAGCUUUUCGUGGUGUUUAUUUUCAUGAUCCACUUGCUGAUAAUCGUGAUGAUAAUCGUAGUGAUCUUGAUGGUGCUGUGGAGCUUGAUGAUGUUGGAGGUGCUGAUGCCAUCGAUUUUAGAGUUGCUCGUCGGGAAGAAAUGUUGAGAGGUGUACCAGUCGGUGGUAUUGCUGGUGGUGCUCAUAAUGUUCAUGGUGUUUUUGCUGCUGGUGGUGCUGGGGCUGGACGUGGUAAUGGUGGUACUCUUGGAGGUCGUGCUGGAGGUGUCAUUCUUGGUCAGAUGCCAGUCAACGAGUUUGAAAGUUCCAGGUACUGGCGAAAGCAGUACUUCCAAUCAAUACUUGGUGGUGGUGGUAAUCGAGGACCAGGAAAUAACACCGGGAGACGAGGACGAGAACAAGGACGACAAGGUAGACAAGGUGGUAGACAAGGUGGUCGAAAUGGACCCGCCAAUGUCUUCUAUUUGGGACAAUAA